AUCUGGCGCCGCUUUCUAGUACCGUCACUUUCGGCCAGAUGGUUCCAACAUCAACUCUUUUUUCGCGUAGAUGAAGUAGCGUAAGCGUGGCUAAUCAAGGUACAAAGAGGAAAAUGAGCAGCUCAGAGGAGGUUUCAUGGAUUUCAUGGUUUUGUGGACUUCGAGGAAAUGAGUUUUUUUGUGAGGUGGAUGAGGACUAUAUACAGGAUAAAUUUAACUUGACGGGGUUAAAUGAACAAGUGCCGCAUUAUAGACAAGCGUUGGAUAUGAUACUAGAUCUAGAACCAGAUGAUGAACUUGACGACAACCCGAACCAAUCCGAUCUUAUCGAGCAAGCCGCCGAGAUGCUGUACGGUCUGAUCCACGCCCGCUAUAUCCUGACCAAUCGAGGCAUAGCUCAAAUGAUAGAAAAAUACCAAUCGGGAGAUUUCGGCUACUGCCCGCGCGUCUACUGCGAAUCUCAGGCGAUGUUACCUCUAGGAUUAUCCGACGUACCAGGGGAGGCCAUGGUCAAGUCGUACUGCCCCAAAUGCAUGGACGUAUACACACCAAAAUCCUCAAGACACCACCACACGGACGGGGCUUACUUCGGGACCGGCUUCCCCCACAUGCUGUUCAUGGUACACCCGGAGUACAGGCCGAAGCGCCCCACGAAUCAGUUCGUUCCUAGGUUAUUUGGUUUUAAAAUUCAUCCCUUGGCGUAUCAGUUACAACAGCAAGCCGCAUCGACAUUCAAGGCUCCGCUGAGAAGUCUGAAUUUUAAUAAUGGUAAACGUUAAUUUCGUAUGAGGUGUAUACAGCAAUUUUUAAUUUAUUUCUACCCAAAAUUGUGUAUUCAUUAUGUAUGAAAUUAAAGUUACGUUUGAUGUUAGGCCCUUUUCGUUCACUCUGUAUAAUUUGAGGCGAGAAUUACAAGGCGGGAGCGAUAGGCGUGAGAACAGGUUUGUAAAAAUGGAUUUUUUUUAUUGUAAUAGUUAGAAUUUUGCUGGUUCUGUGUACAUUUAUAAGUUAACUAGCGGUUCAAGGUUUCGGUAUUUGUAAAUACGAUUGCGUGUUACCAGUUAAUGUACAAAAAUACUUGAUGCUGGUUGUGUUGUCAAAUGUAGAGUUUGACGUGACAGUGUAUUUAUUCCGAGAUGGGAAAAUCCGUUGUAGGUAGCGUUUUAUUUUGGAACAGGCUGGAUUUUCCCAUCUUUUUGCGUCGCGAAUGUAUCGUAGGUUAGAGGGGGUUAAUUUGUAUUGUCUUGAACGUAGUUAAGUUAUACACGGUACGACAGGCGAGUCAUAUUACAAAGUUAAACGUCUAAUAUUUUGUUCUUUAAUUUUAUGUAAAUUAAUUAUUAAUAAAACGAUAGAAAUUU